AUGAAUUCGUGUUCGUACGCUGAGCUAAUCUGCGUUGAGAACACCGUUUGUGAAGAUCUAGAAGACGGCUUUGCCUGUCUCUGUCCAGAUGGUCUAGUCGGGGACGGUCAACUUGGCGAAGGACACACUGGAUGUGCUGAACUUUCCAACCAGUGUGAUACGGAUGUUGACUGCAACGUGAACGCCUUUUGUGAAAACGAUACCAAGUCAUGUGUAUGCAAGGACGGCUACAAAGGAAAUGGGAAAGAGACGUGCAGAAAUAUCAACGAGUGCAAGACCCCUGAUAUAUGCGCUGAAUUUGCCACGUGUACCGAUAAGCCUGGGACCUAUAACUGUGACUGCAUGAUUGGAUUCUCCGGAGAUGGCCACACAUUCUGUAAACUCCUUCCACGUACCUGUGAUGAGAUGCUGCAGGAUGACCAUAGCAUUCCGUCUGGAAUUUACAUGAUCGACAUUGAUGGAUAUGGUGGUUUGGACCCAUUUGAGGUGGAAUGCGACAUGAGCCGGGAUAUCGGAGUCAUCGUGGUCAGCCACAGUUCCGAGGGAGAGAUGAAAGUCGUCAACAAACCUGAGAAAGGUUCGUACCACGAAGAGCUAGAAUACGUCCUAACGGAUAAACAAAUAGAGGCCAUUGUAGACGAUGCUGAAUUCUGUUACCAAGACGUAAGGUACCGAUGUCAGGAUGGCGCCACACUCCUUGAAGGUUUCGGAUGGUGGGUCGAUGCCAAUGGAAAUGAACAACAUAACUGGGGAGGGGCUACAGGACAAUACAUGUGCACCUGUGGCGAGACGUUAAGCUGCUACAACCGUACUAGCAAAUGUAACUGUGAUGGAUCCAAUACUGAAGGAACGUAUUACGAUGACGGCCGAAUCAUUGACAAAGACCUACUGCCAAUUCAAGACCUCUAUUUCGGUGACACGGAUUAUGAUAAGAAAGGAUUCCAUGUCAUUGGUCCACUUAAAUGUGGACCUGUUCAGUUUGAUAUUUACUCCACGUGCGAUGAAACCAAACAUAAUGGUGGGUACACGGCCGAUGGUUCGUAUUUCAUAGACGAAGAUGGACCUUACGGAGACGGUGUUAUAAAUAGUCCGCCCACACUUGUCGCUUGUCUGAUGUCAGAGUUUUAUGCUGUGUCGAUAAUAACCACAACAACGUUGGAACUGAUACCGAUAUAUCCAGACGGUUACGAACCACCUACUGAUGGGGAAUAUGAGGGAGUACCAUGGACAGAUAUUUACUGCCCCUGCUGCGUUGUAGACAAUGUAACUGUUGCCCGAACUGUCCUUUUUGGGGCAAUUGGACAAGAGCACCCCCGACUUUACCGCCGUACACUGGUCCUCCUGUUACUUACAUGGUUAAUUACAAAGUUGACAUCGAGAUCAUCGUCGAGAUGAUCCGAAGUUCGGGUUUCUGUUACCAAGAAGUUGAGUUCAACUGCAAAAACACUAAGAUAUUCGCCGGUGAAGGUGAUGGCACUUUUCUGACUAGCUAUGACGGAAGGAAACUGAACUACUGGGGCAACGGUCUUGAGCAGGAGUUCAUGUGCGGUUGCGGAACAACUAAUACAUGCGACGAGCCGGGUUAUAACUGCAACUGUGAUAUCGGGGACAAUGAAUGGAGACGGGAUUUCGGUAUUAUCACCAACAUGAAUGACCUGCCAAUAUUAUCAAUCACCGUUAGUGAAUUCGGCGGCGAGUCGCUUUCUUCUUACAAGAUUGGACCAGUGUACUGUUCACCAAUGCAAUUCGGUAUUCAACCAUCAUGCCAAAAACAUCGUGAACAUGGGGCACACUACAACGGCACAUACUUGAUAGAUCCAGACGGUUCAGGGGAUCCAGCGAGUAGAUCCAUGGGCUGUUACAUUGACUCGAAUCAGGACAGAGCGCUCGACCUUGCGUCGUUCAC